AUGAAAUCUUCAUUAAGACUUAAACAUACUUGUUCAAAUGUACAAAAACGUAUUGAUGAUUCAAAUGAAUUUUAUCCUCUACUUGAUUAUUCAUUUCAUGAUGCAGAAAAAAUUGAAGAUGCUGUUUUGACUCAACCACGUGUAGCAUCUGGAGCACCUAAUGUUAUUAAAGAAGGUAAUCAAUAUCAUUCCUAUGGAAUUAAUUUAAAUCAUAAUAAAUUAAAUGGUUCUUUGGAAACAUUACCUAAUUUUAUACGAAAAAUAUUUAUAAAUCCAAAUGCACUUUCAAUAAUUGAUUUAUCAUUUAAUACAUUUACAGAAAUUCCUAUUGCUAUUACACAAUUUUCAUUACUUAAACAUUUUUAUUUUCAUAAAAAUUUUCUUAUUAAUAUAAAUGAAAUUCAAAAAUUAUAUUCAUUAAAAGAACUUAAAUAUUUAACAUUACAUCGUAAUCCAAUUGAAGAUAAUAUACCUUAUCUUCGAUCUUAUGUUUUAUGUUUAUUACCUGGUUUACGAAGUUUUAAUUGUACACCGAUUAGCAAAAGUGAUUUGAAAACAAGUAAUGCAUGGCAAAAAAUGAAUAAAAAUUUAACACCAAAAAUUUUAAAUAAAAUUUUACAAAAAUAA